AUGGCCGCCUCCCCGCCGCCAGACGUCAGCCUGAAAUCUACGGGUGAAGAAAUUAAUUUUGUAAUGGAAACAGACGAGUUUUCAGCUGUAGAUAGUGGACGUGUUGCGGAAAAGGAAGAUAUUCCUCCUAAUGAGACCGACGACCCUUUUAAGAAACCGGCUAUUUUCUCAGCGCCUUCCAUCACCAACAAACGUGGUAACGUCACUGCUGCAUCCAGACCACCAGCAGCAGUUGAGACACGGGUUGCGAAAGAAAACGACAAAGCUGAACAAGCCGACGUUACGAUCGGUAUUCCGUCUCAGCCUGAUAGUAAAAACGUCACGAGAAAGCUGUCAGAGGAGCGUAAAAAAUGUGACAAAGAGUUGGCUCCUGCUAAACCUAAGUCAGACGCUAAACUUAGGGUGCUUCCUGGCAAAGGUCCCCCAGCUGCUAAAUUCCCCCCUCUCCCGUACACGGAGCCGCCUUGGGGUGGUAAAGCUCCAGAUGACACGUACGAGCUUGAAAUCCUGAAAAACGGCGCCAUAGUGGACAAGAUACCUCUCAGUCACAGAGGUUACUUCGUGGUUGGACGUUUACCUGUGUGCGAUGUCUCCCUAGAGCAUCCCUCCAUUUCUAGGUACCACGCAGUCAUCCAGUACCGCGGACAGGACGGGGAGGGGAAGUCGAUCGGGGAGGAAAAGGGCUUUUACGUCCAAGAUCUAGGCAGCACGCACGGCACCGUGGUGAACAAGAACAAGAUACCCUCGAAGACUUACAUCAGACUCCGCGUGGGACAUGUUUUAAAGUUUGGGGGAAGCACAAGGCUUUUUAUUCUCCAGGGUCCAGAGUUUGAUGAGGAAGAAGAAUCUGAGCUAACUGUGACAGAGCUCAGGGAGCGAGCCCAGAAACAGAGGGAAGAGCUGGAGAAGAGGAUGAUGGGAGAUGGCUCUGAUGAUGAUGAUGAUGAUGAUGAUGACGAUGAUGAAGAUGACAGUGAGACAGGGGAAGGUGAAAGCAACAAGAGCCACAACAGUGUGUCUACAGAAGACUCUGGCUGUUCAUGGGGGAUGGCUGAGGAGGCUGUUCCAGAGGAAGAUGAGAAUGAGGAGAAUCCCUUUUCGACAGAAUUCCACGAGGACCAGGAAGCUGCGUAUCUGAAAGACCCAAAGAAGGCUUUGCAGGGCUUUUAUGACAGAGAAGGGGAAGAGUUGGAGUUUGAGUAUGAAGACAAAAGUCAUGGUACCUGGCUCUGCAGGAUAAAGCUACCUGUAGACGAUGCCUUGGGCCGGCAGCUAGUUGCCGAAGUCACUCACACAGGGAAGAAGAAAGAAGCCGCCAUCCAGUGCUGCUUGGAGGCUUGUCGUAUGCUGGAGGCCAGAGGGCUGCUGCGGCAGGAAGCAGUGUCUCGUAAGCGCAAGAAGAAGAACUGGGCAGAUGAUGACUACUACGACAGUGACGAUGACACGUUUUUAGAUCGAACAGGCACUGUGGAGAGGAAAAGGCAGGAGCGAAUGAAAAAGGCUGGAAAGAUUGACGAGCAGCCUGAGACCUUUGAAUCACUGGUGGCCAAACUGUCCAAAGUAGAAAAGGAGCUGGCAGAUGCUCAGAAAAAGCUCAGUGCUGGUAGGGGAGACAGCUCCAGCUCUUCCACCGAGGAUCCCCUGGAUGCCUUUAUGACUGCGGUGAAAACCGAGGCAGCCAUGGACGCUGUGGAACGCAGGAAACUUCACGUGCAUGUGGCUGACUUGCGCAAAGAUGUUCAAAAGCUCCACAAACUGGUGGAGCUCACACGUCCUGCGCAGAUGCCCUCACUGCUACAGGGCUCAGAGGCAGCGAAGACUAAGAAGACUUUACCUCUGUUUGGAGCCAUGAAAGGAGGCUGUAAAUUGAAACUAAAAACUGGCACCAUUGGAAAGUUGCCUGCUAAGCGGCCCAACUUGCCCGCACAGCUUUUCAACAUGAACGAGCUUCCACCUGAUGAAGAAGAGGAAGAGGAGGAUGAGAAUGCAACAGAGCAACAAAUGGAUAAUAAUGAUCAACACUCUGCCAGUUUUGCUAAUUCUAUUGUUGACUGUGCAGAGUCGAGUGCGUCCAAGUCAGAAGAGAGCACUGCCUUAGGGCCUUCAGCACAAGCACAAAGCCACAAACGCAGCAGUGAAGAGGAGUCUGUUGAAGCAGUGGAGCAGAAACCUCAGUAUAAGUGUAACAAGGCUCCAUUGCUGUCACAUUCAGAGUCCAAGACAGAGGAGGAUGAGAAGUCAUCAGCAAAGCUGAACCCUAAAAAGGCUGCAAAGAAGAAAGUGAUGGGCCCCAGCAGGCCACCAGUGCCUCUGUCAACACAGUAUCCAGAAGAUGACCCUGAUUAUUCCGUGUGGGUGCCUCCUGCGAAUCAGACCGGAGACGGACGCACACAUCUAAAUGACAAGUAUGGCUACUGAGCUACUCAUGGAAAACACAAGAGGACUCCACUGUACUCCUGGAGUUUUUAUUUUUGGGGGGCCGUGGGGUUACCUGCAAGGCAAAGGUUUCAACUUCCAGCCUCUGUAGCUCUAAACAUAACCCCCACUACCCAUCCAAAUCUUAGAGCUUGACAAAAUGGGAGGCAGAACAAAUUAGGGGAGAUAAAAAUGUGCUAUCCUUUAUCUAUGCCUUUGGGAUAUUUCUUUUUUUAGGCUGAGUAAAGAAGGGAAACCUUUCCAGUUCACAUUAAAGAGGCAAGCUUUGGGAACUGCCCCCUCCACUCAGAGCUAGUUUUCAUCUGUGACAAUAAUAGUAUCUCUAGUACUGAAAGUUUGUCCCUUGUUGUCUCUGUUCUUUAUAAUCUAAACACAACACAGAGCAGCAACAGAUCUGUGUUCCGCUUUGUGGUCUUUUUCUGCUCCCCUUGCACCCAACACCCAAUCUGAGCCCCCUCUGUUUUGGCUUGGGUUGGUCGCUGGUGUAACCUUUUUUUCCUCUAAAGGAGAGUGUAUAGCGGGGAGGGAGAGUAUUGAAGCAGCUUUUCUGACCAUCUGGACACUUGGAGGGCUUACUGGAUGAAAUGCAAGCUGAUAAUGACUCAAGCUGAGUGGAGUGUCUACAAAGCCCAACCUUCUCAAAGUUCUCUGUUUAACAAGAUUGUCUUUAUCAGCGAUUGUGUGAUUUGCCUGGAGCAGGAUUUGUUGUUUUUUGUGCAUUCCCACUAACUCAGUGCUGUUCUCUUGAUUUCCUGUUGUCUGUUUGAGUAAAUAAACUGUAUUUUGUUAUAUAAAUGUAUAAUAAAAUUGUGCCAAAAACUUUUUUUUCUUACACUUAA